AUGUUACCAGCAACUCGCUGUAUGGCUACACGAAAGCGGUUAAGCCUCAACGAACCUGCUCCCGAGCUCGAACGAAGAUGUUUGCGCUUUGAGUGUAACUAUACUCGGUCAGCCUGGGACGAAUCGAGUUUACAGAUGCAAAAGCAGACAUCCCCUCGCCUUACACCACCUUGGCCAACGUCAAAUAUCAAAAGCCCGCGAGCGUUGCCAGAUUCCGGCCCAGAACUCGCCUAA